AUGGCUAGAGGAUCGCGCCGCCGCCAAACGCUCGGGCAGGGUCUAGACAGAGAGGCAAGCCCUGCUGUGUACCAAGUUGUCCGCAGAAUCAUCGAUGAGCGUGCACAGUACGAGGACGGCCCGCCCGAACGCCUUACCUUCGCCAGUGUGUACGACGAGAUCCGACGCUCCAAUUCCAGCCUUAACAGACGACCGAAAAAGUUGCUGGAGGAUAGUAUUGAGCGUGUGCUUCUGACUCUGCAGCAGGACAGCGAGUCGGACAGCGAGGCGUCCAUCGAAGUUGCACCGGAGGAGCGCCAGAAACACAAGCCAGCGUCCAGCAACCUCAAUCGAAGCAUAGUCAGUGCAUGGGCCAAUUCAACGGCGCCCUCUGCAUUAUCGACACCCAAGCCAGAGUUGGUCGCCAUGGAGUCACCUGCCAAACCAGCACCCAUUGUGAACGGGGAGCCUCCAAGGAAGAAACGCAAGGCCGCACCCGUUAUUGACAGGUCACCCCCGACGGGCGUAACAUGGGACUCCCUAGGCGGAAUCGACCCAGUAAUUCAGCAAUUUGAGGAUUUGGUGGUCAUCCCGAUGACCAAGCCCGAGAUCUACGCAGAGCACAGAGUCCAACCGCCACGGGGCAUCCUGAUCCACGGCCCUGCAGGCUGUGGCAAGACCAUGGUCGCCCACGCACUGGCAGCCGAGCUGGGCGUCAAUUUCAUCAACAUCUCCGCCCCGUCCAUCGUGUCAGGCAUGUCCGGGGAGAGCGAGAAGGCACUGCGCGAGCAUUUCGAGGAAGCGAUGCGGUGUGCCCCAUGUCUAAUCUUCAUCGACGAGAUCGACGCCAUUACGCCAAAGCGCGAAUCCGCCCAAAGAGAGAUGGAGAAGCGCAUUGUUGCGCAGCUCCUGAUAUGCAUGGACGACCUCGCGCUCGAAAAGACGGACGGAAAACCAGUCAUCGUGCUCGCCGCCACAAACAGACCCGACAGUCUCGACCCCGCCUUGCGCCGAGGCGGCCGUUUCGACAAAGAAAUCAACAUGAGCGUGCCCAGCGAGCCUGUCCGAGAAAAGAUUCUUCGAGCGCAGACGCGAGGCAUGAGACUUGCCGACGACAUGGAUUUUCCUCUUCUCGCCAGGCAUACCCCCGGCUUCGUCGGCGCUGACCUCAACGACCUCGUAUCCACAGCCUCCGCCGCGGCAGUAAGGCGGUACCUGAACCAGCUGAAAGCCAUUUCAGAGGUAUACACUACCGACGUCGACAUGGAUGCAAAUGCCAACGCAAACGCAAAUGGUACCGACACCCUCCCUGACCUCGUCGCCCGCAGUUCCUCCGAGACCAUCAGAUCCUUCCGCCGCCUCGUCAAGUACGCCAAGGCCGCACCCCCAGAAGACGAAGACACCAAGCAUGCCGUCCUACUAAUCACAUUCGCCGACUUCCUCACCGCCCUCCCAAAGAUCCAACCGUCCUCCCUGCGCGAAGGCUUCGCCACCAUCCCCAGCACGAGCUUCUCGGCGAUUGGCUCUCUGAAGUCCCAUAUCACCGAAUUACAAGAGACAGUGAUCCAGCCCAUCCUGAAUCCGGCCCUGUAUACAAGCCUCGGGAUAACUCCCUCGAGCGGCACCCUCCUCUGGGGACCCCCAGGCUGUGGCAAGACUCUCCUGGCCAAAGCCUGCGCGAACGCCAGCCACGCGAACUUCAUCAGCGUCAAGGGACCCGAACUGUUGAAUAAAUACGUCGGUGAAAGCGAGCGCGCCGUGAGGCAAGUCUUCACGCGCGCGCGCAGCUCCGUGCCCGUGAUCAUUUUCUUCGACGAGUUGGAUGCCCUUGUGCCCACCAGGGAGGGAGGCUCAGGGGGUGGAUCCGAGGCCAGCGCCCGGGUCGUCAAUACGUUGCUGACGGAACUUGAUGGCGUCGGGCAUAGUAGGGAGGGGAUCUACGUCAUUGCGGCGACGAAUCGGCCUGAUAUUAUUGACCCUGCUAUGCUGAGGCCUGGGCGGCUGGAUACCCUGUUGUACGUCGGAUUACCGGACGCGGAAGGCAGGGUGGAUAUCCUGAGGACGCUGUGUAGAAAGGUCGCAGGCAUGGUGUUUGACGAUUCGGUCGCCGCCAUCGCCGAGGCAUGUGAUGGGUUCAGUGGUGCCGACCUCGAGUCCCUCGUCCGCAGAGCCGGUUACAACGCGAUACGCCGCGGUGUGGCUUCAGGCCAGGCAGUGGCGAUAACACCGGCGGACUUCGAGCAUGCAAGAAACGAAGUCAGGCGGAGUGUCGGGGUAGAUGACAUAAAGAAGUACGCAGCGCUCCAGAAACACUGGGGCAGAUGA